AUCAAUACCUAUAUAAAAUUUGGGAUAAUAGUAUUAUUCCAAGACAUUUUCUUAGUAUAAAUAAUGCAGAUAAAAUAGAAGCCAUACUCUCAAAUCGCGAGAGUCAUUCUUUAUAUGAAUUCAUUGAUAGAGAUGAGCCUCUCUGGCCUAUUUUGAUUUUAACUUGCCUGUAG